AUGGCUGCAUCAUCAUCAUCGAAUAAACAACAUUUGCUGAUUGAGUAUACACCAAAGGAAAUUGAGCCUAAUGUCCAAAAUUUAAACGAUGUCGAGUUCAUCUAUUUGCAUUCUAAUCAUUCUGAAACACAAGAAAAUAAUGUUGACUCUAUCGGUCAAAUCUCAAUGGUACUUCAGAAGAUGGAACACCAAGUUAAAGAAUUUAGUGAUAUCGAGCAGUGCUUGGAUUAUAUACGUGAGCGACCUAAUUCUAAGUUUUAUCUCAACGUGUCUAAUGAUCUGGAUGAAGAUAAAAUGUCGACUCUCAAGGAAUAUUCUCAAAUUCGUUCUAUAUUUCAGUUCACGGUUUCAUCUCGACGAACUCAACCAGAAGAUAAACUAGCUGAUUAUCAAUUGUCAAACCCCUUGAUCACUGAAAUGUCUAGCUCGUGCCAUAAACUAAUGGAUUCUUCUAUAUUGUCCAAUAUCGAAUUCACAGCUGUAGAAAAGUUACCAUCACAUGAUUUUAUUAUUGACAGUCGUUUCUUAAUUCAGUAUCGAAUAACAAUAGAAAUUUUACUUCGUAUUCCAAUUACUCCAGAAAGUAAAACGGAUUUUACCGAUUGGUGUCGUGAAAACUAUUCUACAAAUUCAAAAGACAUAGAAGCUAUCGAACUGUUCGAUUCUAAAUUCAAAGUUGGUCAAGCAAUUCUGUGGUAUACGAAGCAAUCAUUUGUCAGUCGCAUAUUAAAUCGAACUUUUGCUAAUGAUGACAUUCGAUUAAUAUUUAAAAUUCGCUAUUUCAUAUUUCAUCUCUACAGUGAAUUAAAAACACUGUAUGAACGAUUUUUCGAGAUUUUAAAUACUCAAAUUACUGUAUAUCGUGGUAAACAGAUGCCUGCCGAUGAGUUUCAAACAUUGGAGGCAAGCAUUAAUAAGCUUGUCAUUACAAAAUGUUUCUUAUCAACAUCGUUAAAUAGAGAAGUGGCUCUAUUAUUUUCUGGAAGGGAAGAGGUACCAACAGGUUAUGUUGCAGUUAUAUUUCGUAUGAUUAUUGACAAGACUAUCAAUAGGAUUAAACCGUUUGCAUUUAUUCGACUUGAAAGUGCUAUGGCAGAUGAAGAUGAAUUCCUGCUUGGCAUUGGCAUAAUAUUUCGAAUUCAAGAUAUCAUUCAGAUCACGGAAAACACGUUCGAAAUUGUAUUAGUCUACACUAGUGAACAGGAGAAAAUUGAAGAAGAGAUGAUUCGUUCGAAAACUAGCUAUUUAGAACAAGCCCAACAUAUUCAAUCAAUUGAUGAUUUUGAUUGUGUUAUCUCUGACGUUAUAAACUCGCUAAACGAACCGAAGAUAGCAUCGUUGUCUGCAAUUCAAGAUGAUGGACGCAAUAAUCUAUCAAUCGAAUCUUCAUCGGGACCCAAACCACAACAGCAAACGAUACAACUUGAAAACAAACGUCACGCUGAAAUCCGUCCAUCCUUCGCAACAUAUUCGUUAGUAAAUGUGAAACGUUUAUGGUUAGAUGUGAAUAGACUUCGGUCUUUUAAUUAUGGCAGUCCUGAAUCUCGUAUUUUUAUACUUGAUUCGUCACCUUUUGAUGAGGACGAGGAGUCUGAUCUACCAGUCCAAUGUCACAUCAUCGGUCGAAUAUUUCCAAGCUCGCAUAUCUAUAAUAAAGUAGCUUAUCAAAUUCGAAUAGACGUACCUCAAUGCUAUCCAUUUGAGCCUCCAAGUGUGUACAUUCUUGCGCCAAUAUACCAUCCAAAUGUGUGUAGAAAUGGUAAAAUCUCAUUAACUAUAUUGGAAAAUCGUGGCAACUGGUUAUAUACCUUCAACCUAGUAGACGUCAUUCAUUGGACAGUGGAUCUUAUUGAUAAUCCUUGUUCAGAUUUUGUAGUAAAUCCUGAAGCUGGAGUUUUAUAUGAUCAUAACAGAGAUGAGUUCAAUCGUGUAGCAUCGCUAUGUGCAAAAAGGCAUGCGUUGCCUCGAGUUUGA